UUUGCUGUGCAUUGCUUUUGCUGUUUCAUUGCCAACUCAAUGGAAGCCGGUUUGGAUCAUAAGGCAAGCAGGAGAUUUUGGUGGUAUGGUUAGUGUGGUCCACAAGUUUCUCGAGAACACAACUAAUACGUUUGAGCGCUUGAGUUAUUGUAAAAUACAAUUCCGUACAUAUAUACAUAGAUAUAUACUUUUAAAUGUGGUAUGAAUUAUAAAAACAAGCUUUUUGUUGUUUAAAAAAAUUUUGUUACAUACACAAUUUUUUAUACAGUGGUGAAACAGUAUUUUUGAUUGAACGUAGUAGCUACGACGCAUAUAUGUAAUCAUAACAUACAUUCAUUCACAAGUACUAUCUAUGUUUGUAUGGUUAAAGAAGAAAAAUUAUAUAUGAUUUGUACUAUAUACAUAAGUAUGUAUUUGUUUUGUGCAGCUGUAUGUUAGGUUCACCAUUUUUGUGAUUUGAAACGCAGUGUUUAUUACAAUAUGUCUCGUGAAGAGGAAGAAGAGGAAGUACGUUCGUUGCUUUUGCGGCACAAAGAACGUAUAGUGCUCGAUUUGUGUGAAACUGACCUGUUGGCGGUCCUUGUUAAGAACUCUGUGCUCUCACAGUCUGAGGAAGAUUUAAUUUUGAAAACACAUUUGGUAUCAUCGGCUCCAUCUAGUGUCAUUGUGGUGAAGCGAAAGCUAAGCGGUGCCGUUAGUAGUGGAAGCAGUAGUAGUAACCACACUGUUACCAGUUACGGUUCGGGUUUAGUUAAUGAGGAAAUUUGUACUAGUACAGCUCCAUUGAGAUCCAACAAUACUCGUGCUACCAGUGAAAUUGGUGACAAUGCUCAAAUUGAUAAUCGUUCCGCUACACCAUCUUUGGUGAAUAGUAAGACCACAGAGGGUGUUGAUUGCACAAGUACAACUCCAAGUGAAAAUAAUUGUGAUGAUGAUAUAAACGAAGUGUUAAAAUUAAAUUCGAAUUCAGUUAACGAUGCCGAUAAAUAUGAAGAACAAUCAGUUAAAUUAAUCGAAAUUAUUGCAAAAGGUGGAUUUUCCAAAUUUAAACAGUUCUGCUAUGCCAUCGAUAACGAAUGUCCAAAAUUAAUUGAGGAUUUGUUCAAUGAUAAAGAAAAGUGUGAUGUGUCAACCAACAAAACUACUUCAAGCGAAGAUAAACUUCAAAAAGAACUGGAGUCGAUUGAAUAUAUUGACAGAGAAAAGGAAAACGAUCGCAACCGGCGAGCUGUUAGCUAUGGUGGUUUGGAGCAUAAUGUAGGUUCAUUGCCACGUGCCGCUCCACGUCGCGUAUCAUUGAUGAAAGACCCGCCUCCACCACCUCCACCAAAGCCAGCACAACUUGAAAUGUUAAAAAAUAAUUCUGCUACUCCCUCCAUGCCAAUUAAAUAUGAACAAUCGGAAUAUAAUUUAAUUCAGAAUAUCGACUCAAACACUGCCCAAUAUCAAUUGCCGAACUUUUAUGUAAAUACUACAGAGACUGCAAAUUUCGCAAUGACCGGUAGCAAUAAUAAUUACUCAUCCCUGCUAUGUCAUGCCAACUCCAUGCAAAGCCCAACAUCUGUGAGUAAGCGUGAGAAACUUCUUCAUCGUUUUAGUGAUGCUGCAACAUUGGGCCGGAAAUUGAAGAAGAAAAAGAAUACGAACAGAACUUGCCGUUCGAUGACUGAAGCCAUAGAAAUGCUUGCGGAUCCCGUGAUUGAAGACGAAUUUUUUGGCGAUCGUACGACUUGGGAAUAUCACACGGUUUCGGUUACACGUGUGCCGGGCUAUGGUUUCGGUAUAGCAGUCUCUGGAGGACGCGACAAUCCACAUUUUGCAAAUGGUGAUCCAUCAAUAGCUGUCAGCGAUGUUUUGAAAGGUGGUCCCGCCGAAGAUCGUUUACAGGUUAACGAUCGAAUAAUAUCUGUUAAUGGAGUUUCCUUGGAGAAUGUUGAAUAUGCUACCGCGGUACAAGUAUUGAGAGACAGUGGCAACACAGUGGCGCUUGUUGUUAAACGACGCGUAACCAUAAGCUCUACUGCACAAAGUCAUAGUUCUCAUGUUAUGCCAUCGGUAGGAGGAGCACCAACAAAUACAGUGCAAACAGCAACUGCAAUGAGUCAACCUAAUACAUUGAAUACUUCAUUAGUUCAAAACCAUUCAGCGCAACCUAUUAAGGUAACUCUCUCCAGGGGAAAUAAAAAGGACGAUUACGGCGUAGUGCUGGGCUGUAGGUUAUUUAUCAAGGAAAUUUCGGCAAAAGCUCGUGAUCAAUUAACGGCCAAUGGAUAUUCUCUACAAGAAGGUGAUGUAAUUACAAGAAUACAUAACACAAAUUGUGGCGACACCAUGAGUUUGAAAGAAGCGAAAAAGAUAAUCGAUGGCUGCAAGGAACGUUUAAAUUUGGUUGUUUUACGUGACAUUACCAAUCAGGCAGUAACCGCAAUGACUAACCAGUUGAACAAUUCAACAACACAAUCGAAUUUAUACGCCAGUCACCAAACACAGAUAUCCAACUGUAGCAAUAACUUAGACGAUCCAUAUUUAAGUGGGGGAGCGAAUUACUCAUCCCAAAAUUUAUAUGUUCAACCACCUACUCGUGGUUUGGGAAAUGGUGUUUCAAACGGGUUGAAUGAUGAAAAGAGCAACCUUACUCCUAGGGGUCGUUCUCGUGGACCAAUCAUGGAUGGUGUUUCACUGUCACAACUCGACCGUCCUGUUACGCCUCCGAAUGGUAGCCGCACAAGGACUGAUGAGCCUCCACGUCCUCCACCUCCUCGUUGCAGCGGCACUGGUAGCUCAGAAGACUUUUAUAGUACCCGCCGUCAAGUAACUGAAUCCGACCAACUGACGCAUCAAAGGCAAUCAUCAGAGCCACGAUUUAUUUCAUUUCAAAAAGAGGGAAGUGUUGGCAUACGUUUAACUGGUGGGAACGAGUCUGGAAUAUAUGUUACAGCCGUGCAACCAGGUUCCCCAGCAUCUUUGCAGGGCCUUACACCUGGAGAUAAGAUUCUCAAAGUCAACGAUAUGGACAUGCACGGUGUAACACGGGAAGAGGCUGUGCUGUUCUUACUUAGUCUGCAAGAUCGCAUAGAUUUAAUUGUACAAUAUUGCAAGGAAGAUUACGAUGAAGUAGUGGCGAAUCAACGUGGGGAUUCUUUUCAUAUUAAAACACACUUUCAUUGUGAUAAUCCAUCAAAAGGAGAAAUGGCUUUUAAAGCCGGAGAUGUUUUUCGUGUCAUUGAUACAUUACACAAUGGCGUUGUUGGCUCAUGGCAAGUGCUGAAAAUAGGAAGGGGGCAUCAGGAGAUGCAACGUGGUGUUAUACCAAAUAAAUCUCGAGCAGAAGAGUUGGCAACUGCGCAAUUCAAUGCAAAUAAGAAGGAAAUGAACUCAAAUGAAUCCCGUGGAAAUUUCUUUAGAAGAAGACGGUCUACCCACCGACGUUCCAAAAGCCUUUCUAGAGAAAACUGGGAUGAUGUGGUGUUUGCUGAUAGUAUUUCAAAAUUCCCUGCAUAUGAACGAGUUGUGCUGCGCCACCCGGGUUUCGUUAGACCUCUGGUACUUUUUGGACCGAUAUCUGACUUGGCACGUGAAAAGCUUGCAAAAGACUUUUCAGAUAAGUUUUCAGUACCUCUACAAGAUGAUGACAAGUCGAACUCGAAGUGUCGAAUAAUCCGUUUGUCAAAUAUACGAGAUAUAAUGGAUCGGGGUAAACAUGCGCUAUUAGACAUUACUCCAAAUGCGGUCGACCGUUUAAAUUAUGCACAAUUAUAUCCGAUUGUUAUAUUCUUGAAGACUGACAGUAAGCAUGUUAUAAAACAAUUGCGACAUGGAUUACCAAAAGCAGCACAUAAGAGCUCAAAAAAAUUGUUAGAACAAUGUCAGAAACUAGAACGUGUAUGGUCCCAUAUAUUUAGUACCCAGAUAGUGUUGAAUGAUGAGGAAUCUUGGUAUAGAAAGCUACGUGACGCAAUUGAUUUACAGCAAAGUGGUGCGGUAUGGAUGUCUGAAUCAAAGAAUCCGUAUGAUCAUGCUGUUAAUUCGUUAUCAAACCGUCGGCAAACAAUGGACACUAAUAAAUAUGAGGCGUAUCCUACACGAUCGAGCUUAAUAGGUACAAGUGGAGUGUCCGAACAAUCCAUGCCGUCGACCCGCCCACAAUCAUUGUAUGGUAUGCAUGCACCUGAUUUACCCCCGCGCAUCGAUCGUCAAUCGAAACCAGGACCAGGCGAAAUACCUCCACCUUCUCGUACUAACACGUCCGGUGGAACUUUGGGUCGAUCGGCACAGGAACGUCUAUUUGGUAAGGCGAUAGUAAGUGACGAAGUACAAGCGGAAUACAUUUCCCGAACGGUCAACGAAUCAAUGGAUCGGCAUCAAGCUUCCUUAGAACGUCAAGCACUAAUUAAUGCAGCUGUAACCAACCAACCCAUUAGCAGUAAUAAAGCUGCAAACCCAAAUGGCAGCUAUGAUAGUGUGUCCAGUUACGACUCAUAUAAUACGUCACACUUGACAGUACAAAAUUUGGGCAGACUUGGGCCAAACGCUCCCGAUGAUCUUAAGUCAGUGCCGAAUGCUAAUCGUCCCUUACCAGCAAUUGGUAUGAAUUCCCAAGCGCCGGAAUAUGCACGUUCCACUCACGAUCAUCGAAACUUUUCCGGUCCGAACGACCUUAAUCGGCAUGGCAGUCCUACCAGGCCUACUUAUCAUGAAGGUAGUUCCUUAAGAAAUAUUGAUUCUCGCAAUGGACAGAUACCAUCUAAUUUGGGAAUGGAAAAUAGCCCUCGUAAGCCAAUUGUUGAAACAAAAACCGAUUAUGGAAAAUAUAGUCGUAAUAAUUCCAUAACUCAAGCCGACUACAACAAAUUGCCGAAGAACUCGCAUCUCGUUGUUCCGCAAUCCAGUACGAAUAAUAAUAACAAUGGAUCAUCUACGAAUAGUGGCGGACCAUUUAAACCGGUUCCACCGCCAAAACCUAAAAAUUACCGCCCACCAUUGCAAGGAGGUAAUAACACAGGCAGCCAAUGGGAAAGUGGGGAUUCGAGUUCCCCACGCUCACCCAAUGGAUUUUUUUACCCUUCUAUGACCUCCUCUCACCAACAUUAUUCGCACCAAACUCCUGGAUCCCCAGGGCAUGGUAAUAAUAACAAUAAUAGUAACAUCCAUACAACAUAUGGCAGCAACAGUAAUUACGUACCGCAGUCACAAUACCCUCCUCCUCCAGUAAAUGGCUACGUUGGUAACCACCAUUACAAUGGCGGAAGUGGUACAGGGCCAUAUAUAGCACCACAUCGCGGAAUGCCAGCUCCAAUUGGUAACAUACCCGCGCAUGCACCAGAUCGGAAUCCACUUGAUUUGGCGGGAAGUCGAGAGCAACGUGGGUCAGCAUUUGAAUUGUAUCGCAAACCUCAAAUUGGUAUAACUGGGCACCAUCAUAAUAUGAGCGAAAUGGAGCCAUAUGAAGAAAAUUUUGAAGGUUAUUAUUCGAUGUCACCACCUCCUCCAUCAUCAGGUGAUUCGCACCGCCACGCACCUCCUCUUCGGCCACUAAAUUUAGAUCCCGAGUAUUAUUCUUAUAAAAUGCGACCUGAAUAUGCUCAACCACCACACAGUUAUUAUGAUGGAAAUCUAAUGCCUCCGCCGCUACCUCCGCAUAAAGUGAAAAAGAAAUCUGUCUUGAAAAGCCCUUUAGUGGCAAUCAAAAACGCUUUUAUAAAAACGACAAAGCCUCUGAGACGUAUGAACAGCAUGGUAGAACCAGAAAGAAGACCUAAACCGUCUAUCAAAAGGCAACAUUCAAUGCUAGAACGUGGAAUGCAAAGACCUUACUACCCUGAUGAAUACCCAACCUAUCCAGCUGGGUUUGAGAAUAAAUAUUAUCACGGACCGCGGAGAAUUGGUGUGCGUUCGCAUGAUAUGAUACCUCGAGAACAGUAUUAUCCCCAACAUUAUGGUAAUCAAUAUUACCAAGACCUUAAUAAUAGUACAUAUCAAAAUUUAGAAAGUGAAGAUAUAUAUGGAAAUAUGGGAACCAUGCAAAGAAUGUGUAGAAAAGUGAAAGCAGAAUAUGACAUGAAUCAUGAAGAUAUAUACGCAAACCGUGCUUUCAUUGACUUGGAACGACGACAAGCGGAAGCAAUAGCAGCUACUAACCGAAACGGACGUAAGAUAGUAAGAAGGCACAGUACAACUACAGCAGAUCGAAUGAAUUGUAAGGUACCAAUGACUGAUCCUUCUACUUGCUCAACUUAUGAGCACCACGAUGUAUGCCAGAGCAAAGUGAGUCCAUUUAAUCUUGAUAAUCAACGCAGAGCGCCAAGCUCAGAAGUUAUGUCGCGAAGACGAUUCCAUCCUUCAAAUACAAACGAAUCUAUAGGUCCAUUAUACCAAUCCCGAAAUGAAAUCCAAUCGGAAGUUCAUCGAAAUCACUUGUUUCAAGUCAAAAAGGAAAUGCAGGAAUGCGUUAUUAAUGAAACACAAAAUAAGGUAUCAGGUUCUAGUCCUCAUGCUAACGGCUCAUCAGAGCGCGAUGACAAAUCGGACCAUGAAUCAAUUUAUCAAACUAGACGUGAGCUGAAAGACAGCGCAUUGAAAACGAGAGCUCAGUUAAGGGAACAAAUUUACCAAACUCGUCGGGAAGCAUUAGACAGCAUGGCAGAACCGUUGUAUAUUUCCAGAAAAAAGGAUGCUGUUCGACCUGAACCCAUAUAUGAAACGAAAGAAGAAACUAUUUUACAAUCAGGUGAAAAUGAAACUGAUGAGAAAAAAGAGGAGAAAACUGAAUCCGUCAUUUCCGAAGUUAAUCAAAACGAAGACACCUUAAGUAGGUCAGAUCUACAGAAAUCUUGCGAUACUGUCAUAGAGAAUACAGUAAGACUUUCGCCAAAUACAACCGAAGGUAAAGCGCCACUGGUGCAAAGCGAAGAUGUAGAUGAUGACUUAGAAUGUUCAGAUAAUGAAGGCGCCAAAUUUCCCCAACACCCUAACAAUAAUGUAAAAGAUAACAGAGACUUGCAAAAAUUAAAUAUACAAUCUGACGAAGUAUUAAAAAAAUUAGAUGAGAUAUCUUCACCUCUAGUUGUAGAAGGUCCGCCAAUCAAAAUUUUAGAGCCACCACAGCCAACACAAUCACUAAACACCCGUUCGCCGCGCAUGCCAUUUCAUAUUUCAAACAUUUUGAAAAGAACUGGACCUCCGCCGAAUACCGCUAUAGCAGACAGCCGCACGUCUCUUGAAACACAAUAUACAUCGCAAGGCAGUUUACCGGUAGGUCCGCCGAAAGCAAGUAGCACACCUUAUACAAGUAAUAUGUCAUUACCAAUGGCCGGUCCAGUGACUACAACUGCUCCACCCCCAAAUGCAAUAUUACCGCCAGUAGGUACGUUUCCGUCCAUACCCCGGGAACCCUCUACAACGCGGGGAGUUUUUGAUUCCAACGGCGGCAUACUGGCGGAUCCUAUUUGGAAUGUUUCCCUGCAGAUACCUCCGGGGGCCAUACAAACUGGCGUAAAACAGGAAAUAUACUUCACAGUCAGUGAUCCAAGACUAGGAAAAGCCGUUGACGGUCCACCAUUGGAUAUGGAAAACGGUGAGACAAUGUUAUCUCCUUUAGUUAUGUGUGGUCCACAAGGCCUUGAAUUCCUAGUGCCAGUAACGCUAAACAUACCACAUUGUGCAGGCCGUACAGCUUCCUUAGGAUUGGCGUUGAAGGCAACCGACAGCGAAAAGAACUUGCACACAGAAUGGGACAAUAUAGAUUUACCAAGUAAUGCUGCUGCUCAUACCGUAUCAGUAAAAGUGGACCAUUUUUAGUACUUUUAAUUUUAAAGUUUUAAAAACAAUCAUACAUACAUAAAUAUGUAUAUAUACUCAUAUGAAUAUCUUUUUUCUAAUGCCUUCACAGAUAAGAUUGUGUUUUAGCCGCAAAUCAUUAUUUUAUAAUUAGUAAUACACGAUUCUCGAGCAUCAGUUUGUAAAUAAAUAAAUAAGUGCAUACUUGAUUACGUUUCAAAGGGAAUGUCACUGUUAACAAAUAAAAAAUUAUAAACCACGUGAAUAGAAAUUUAAUAUGUAUGCACAUACAUACAGAAAUAGAUUAAAAAUGCAUGCAUAUUAAUAAAUAUGAAAAAAUAAGUUCUUUUUUUAAUAAGUAAAAAUUUUUACUUUUAAUUAUGUAUCUAAGCUCACAUAAGAUAUGCUGCAUGUCUGAUAAAUUGCAUGGUUGAUAAACAUUUUGACUUAUGUAGUUAUAUAUGUAUAUGUAUGUAUACAUGUACAAUGCAUAAUAUUGGACAAUUUAUAAAUUUAUAA